CCGCCUGUCCCUCUCGCUCUCGAGCCGGUUUACCGACCCAAACCCCAACCCCUCCCCGCGGGGCGCGGCGGAGCAAAUACGAACCCCGCCGUCUCGCCAGGCGGUCUCCCGAGCUCUAACCCUAAUCGACACGGACGGCCUCCGCUGCGUCCAAUGGGGAAGCGGCCGCCGUUCGUCAUCCUCUCCUCUUCCUCCUCCGACGAUGGCGGCGGGGGCCGCUGCGCGGCUAGCCGCGGCCCGUCGACGCGCAGCACAAAGACCCCCGCGACGGCGCCGCCGUCGAAGCGGGCGCCGAGCAGCUCGAGGAAGAAGCCGCGCCGCGGGAGCAGCGGGGGAAGGGGGCGCCGGCGUGCUUCGGACGCCGCGCUGUCCGGCUCCCUGAAGGAUGAAUUCGACAUGCUAACUGAAGAUUUUUCGGAAUGUCUAAAUGACUUGGGCGUGUCAGGGUCUAUGCGUCAAACGGAAGAGCUUUGGAUUGACAAGUAUAAACCACACUCAUUGGCAGAGCUUGCUGUUCACAAAAAGAAGGUUGAAGAUGUAAAGAACUGGUUGGAAGAAAAGCUGAAGGCACCAAAGGGAACAUUUGGAGGACGGAGUCUUGUCCUUACUGGUCAAGCUGGUAUUGGAAAAUCUGCAACUGUGAAAGCGAUUGCUGCUGAGAUAGGAGCUGACUUAUGUGAGUGGACAACCCCAGUACCAACACUAUGGGCUGAGCUUGUGCAUGCUAAUUCAGAACUUGAGUAUGUAUCCAAGUUGGAAGAAUUUGAAAAUUUUGUGAACAAGAUAAGAAAAUACUCGUUGCUUUCUCCAACCAGCAUUGGAUCCCAAAGAAAGCUAGUCAUCAUUCUGAUUGAUGACAUCCCUGUAACAAGUGGAAAAGCUUCAUUUGCAAGAUUGGGGAAAUGUUUAACAGGACUAGUUCAAAGUACUCAAAUACCAACUGUCAUUUCACUUACUCACCAUCACAAAAAUGAGGCUAAUGAUACUGCGACAUGGAAUUCCGAGGAACUUGAGUCCUUGCUUCAAGGUGCUGGUGCUCAUAAGAUUGCUUUCAAUCCGGUAACCAUAAGUUCUAUCAAGAAAAUCCUUCUUAGAAUAUGCAAACAAGAAAGCUCUGGCACAACUGAAGAAUUGGUGCAUCAAAUCGCUACAUCUUGUGGAGGUGAUAUCAGACAUGCGAUAAUGUCUCUUCAAUACUAUUGUCUUAAUCCAAGAAGGCUAGAUUCUGCAUUGGUAACAAGUGCUGCUCUGUCGGAUUUAAAGGGUUAUGCUACUCUAGCUCCAGCACAGGACUGUUAUGGCCCCAGCUCUGUAGUUAAUUCUCCAUGCGGAAGGGAUGAGACGCUUACAUUAUUUCAUGCAUUAGGGAAGUUUUUGCACAAUAAAAGGGAAACACAUGGUGAUGUCAAUGUCGAUCUGGAUUCAUUUUCUCUGAGAGAACAGCUAAGAAGAAAUCCACUAAAAAUGGAUGUUCCAGAGAUGAUUCUUUCUCAAGCACACGGAAAAGUACGGACUGUUGCUGACUUUCUACAUGAAAAUGUUGUUGAUUUCAUCGACGAUGAUGCUGUUGAUGAUGCAUGGGUUGUGAUGUCAUAUUUGAGUGAGGCAGACUGCCUUCUUGCUGGCAGUCCAAUCGCAUCGGCUCGUUGGAUUGUAAACGAAUCAAACGAGUUGGAAAACAUGUCACAACUUAUUGCUGCCUCUGUUGCAGCACGAGGAGUUCUUUUUGGAAAUGCACAUGCCUCACCCUCAAGAUGGCAUACAAUACGCAGCCCGAAGGUCUGGCAAAUUGAGCGUACUUUUCGAUCCACGAAGGGUCUGAUUCUUAAAGAAAGAUUUGAUCCGUCUAGCUCGUCUGGUUCGCGCAACUUCUCCGACGUGGUCACUGACUUCAGGCCUUUCGGGAGAUGGAUAAGCCCCCACAAUGAUAUGGCCAGAAGCAACUCCUUGCACCACGAUGUCGCAGGUGGCCCGAACUCGAUUGAUAUGCUCGACGCUGAAGGGAAUAACUGUGAAGAGGAUGAAGAUGAGAUAGAAGAAUGGUAAAAGUAAAGACCAUGCUGAUCUAGCUCAUAUCAGAUGUAAUCUAGUUUGGUAGAGAUGAAUUUUCUUUUGAGGGUCUUUGGUAGGAAUCUUUGGGAACUACUCCCUUCGUUCCUAAAUAUAAGUCUUUUAACCGAUUUUACUAUGUGUCUA